GUUGAGCAAGGACGUGGGUUACGUCCUCUAUUCAGCGCUGGGCUCCUUCUACAUCCCCAGCUGCAUCAUGGUCUUCGUCUACAUCAGGAUCUACUACGCGGCGAAGGCGAGAGCUCGGCGGGGGAUCAGGAAGGCAGUGAGCAGGCCCCGCCCCGACGAGAGGGUCACAUCCUUCAGCGGGCGGAAGGAGCCGAGGACCCCGGUGGAGCCCAACAGCCCCGUGGCCUCGGUGAUCAUCGAGAAGCCCGUGAUCCCGGUGGUCACCUGUGACUUCGCCUCGGACAUCAGCACCUCGGACAACGUGGACCAACCGGACACGGGGAAGGACUGCCUCAAGGUACAGACCUCCCUCAGCCCCAACGUCACCUUCAAGGGCAGCACCCUCUCCGUCAACGGGGACCUGGCCGCCGUCAACAGGGCGAGGGCGCCCUCUGUUGGCAUCGACGCCGACAUGGUCUCUGAGUUCGACCCAUCGUCCUCUGAUUCGGGAGUCGUAUCGAGGUGCGCUGUCGUCAAGCCGCUCAAGCUGCGCCUCUGCAAACCCAUCUUUGGCCGCAAAUCGUCCAAGGCCAAGCGGGACAUCAUCGACAUGGGCAGGAUAUCGAGUGCCGGAUCACAAGACAUCCCUCAGGAUAACUCAAGGGGGCCGAAGGUGAGGGACCCAGAACGGGAGAAGCGGAGGCUGGCGCGGAAGAAGGAGAAGCGAGCGACCCUCAUCCUGGGGCUCAUCAUGGGCUCUUUCAUCGCCUGCUGGCUCCCCUUCUUCUUCUUGUACAUCCUGAGCCCGGUCUGCGGCGCCGCAUGCCCCAUCCCGGACUUCGCCUUCGCGGUGGCCUUCUGGCUAGGCUACAUGAACUCCGCCCUCAACCCGGUCAUCUACACUAUCUUCAAUAAGGACUUCCGCCGGGCAUUCAGGAGGAUCCUUUUCAAGUAA